UUGCCCCGCAAGGGACAGAGUGGUGUGCAGGCGUACACCGUCUCCACUGAGAAGAAUGAAGGAUGGGAGCUGAUCCGCAUUGAGGUGUUCACGAAGGACUUGGAAGACGCAUCAAAGUACUGUACUGAGGCUGAGAAGGAAAUCAAGAAGUAUGAUGGUACAACACAUUACUGUAGUCGUAUAGAUGUUGUCGUUGUGGAUACUAUAAAGAAAUUCAUGGAGGAUAUCAUUCCGACUGCUAUCCAACUGCACAGUGAUCGUCUGCUUGUUCGCCCUGUGAGUGGAAAGUUGAGGGUUCCCAAGUUUGCAGAUGACAGUUAUUGCAAACAUUUCACUGUACCUGAAAAGCACCGCACUGAGGGUGUUGAGAAUGCUGACUUUGUGCUCUACGUGGCAGCUGGGCACGGUGGGAGGUUUGGUGUUACUUGUGCCGUGGAAAAUUCAUCGGGUCGUCCAAUCGUUGGAGCAGUGAAUUACGUUCCCCAAUUACAGGAUGGCAUUCGGUUUAAUGUUCGCCGUAUUGCACAAGAGAUUGCACACGCACUGGGUUUUGAUCACAAACGGAUGAAGGAAAAGGGUAUGCUGUCCACUGUGGAGCUCCGUGGCGCGAAACGUAAGGUGGUAAUUUCCUCAAAGACAGUUGAAAAAGCACAAAAACACUACAAUUGUUCUAAUUUGAAGGGAAUGGAACUGAAGUUUGUGAAUGGCGAGGUGUUCUCUUAUUGGGAUGCACGAAACGCAAAGGAUGAGUUGAUGAGCUCUGCGCGAUCGUCGAGUGCCGGCUACUACACAACACUCACAAUGGCAUUGUUUGAGGAUCUGCAGUACUACAAGGCAAACUGGGGAAUGGAGGAACAAAUGAGCUGGGGGAAUCAGAGUGGAUGUGACUUUCUUCAGGAAAAGUGCAUGGAGAAUAAUAAAGUACGGUAUCCUCAAUAUUUCUGUAAUGAAACGAUUUCUGGAUGCACGUCGGACCGCACUGCGUACGGUAAGUGCAAUCCGCCUUCACGUUUGAACGAAUUUUUUGAGGAUAACUGUGAAGUAACUGAGAAGUACAUUAUUUCUAUGAGAAAAUCAUGGACGUAUUCUUAUUGUACUGGUAUUUACAGUGACGCACUCCCUGGAUCAAUUAUAGGACCUGAUUCAUGGUGUCUGGAUGCUGAAGAACUGAAAGUUAACGGGCCUGAUAAUAAGGUUUCGGACGUUAAUGGUGUAUGUGCACGGGUGUUGUGUGACUAUGAGAAGCGAACAGUGAAGGUGCAGUACAAAGGCAAGGAAGGCGAAAACGAUUGGUACGAAUGCCCUGAAAACGGUACAAUCGUUGUUGAAUCCUCUGCGUUCGAAGACGGUGGUAAGAUCAAGUGUCCCAAGUACGAU